UAAGUAUUAUUGCUUCGUAGAAGAGUGAUGUUGCAAACUCAAAUCUUUCUCAGCCAUGAAAAAGCUUUACAAAGCCACAUGGUCACAAAACAAACAACAUUAAAAUCAUCAUCACAAACUGACAAAUGAAAGGACAAAAGAAUUACAAUGUCAGAGACUUUUGCUAGUUUAAAAUCUCUCUCUCACAUUUUCCCUGAUCUUAGAUCUACUCUGACACCACUUUGAAGAAGAUCCUCUCUCUCUCUCUCUGCCAACAAGAUCCAAACCAAAACGCUUCUCUUAUCCAUUGCUCCCUCUUCACCACUCCAAUCUCAGACCAACUCUGCCAUUUCUUGAAUCCUUAUGUGCUUUUACAGCUAAGUAUGUUGUUGGAAAUAUGGCACUCCUCCACUCCUCUAUGAUCCAAUUCCAAACAUGUUCAAUUCAGGUUCUUUGAACUUGCAUGUAAUACCAAGGAACUGAGAUCUUCUCAAAGCAUCAGUACCAAUUAAAACAACUUGAUCUUGUUUCCAUUAUUGGAACCAGAACUGUUUCUGCCAGAAAAAGAUGGUUAGAUCGUGUUGGAAACCAAGUGGAGAUGGUGGUGAUGACGAUGUGAGAGGAAAAGUUGAAGGGUUGCUAUGGUACAAGGAUUUGGGGCACCAUCUUUACGGUGAAUUCUCAAUGGCUGUCAUCCAAGCCAAUAGUUCAAUAGAGGAUCGAAGCCAACUUGAAUCUGGACCUUUAAGUUCUGAUUAUAUGGGUCCUCAAGGAACCUUUGUUGGUAUAUAUGAUGGUCAUGGUGGUGCUGAGGCUUCACAAUUUGUCAGUGACAAUCUUUUCAGCAAUCUCAAAAGAUUUGCAGCAGAACAUCAAGGAAUUUCAGAAAACAUUAUCAAAAGGGCUUUUACUGAAACUGAUGAGAGUUUUCUGUCUGUUGUGAAGAAACAGUGGCUAAGCAAGCCACAAAUUGCUUCCGCGGGUUCAUGUUGUUUGACAGGGAUCAUCUGCAACGGCAUGAUGUAUAUUGCGAACGCCGGAGACUCGAGGGCGGUGUUAGGAAGAUUAGAGAGGGCAACAAGAGAGACAUAUGCUGUUCAAGUAUCUGCAGAACACAACGUUAACAUAGAGACAGAGAGAGAUGAAGUUAGGUCAAGGCAUCCUUAUGAUUCACAAAUUGUGGUCAUGAAACACAAUGUUUGGCGUGUGAAAGGCCUAAUACAGGUUUCAAGGUCUUUAGGUGAUGCAUAUCUCAAGAAAGCAGAAUUCAACAGGGAGCCUCUACCACAGAAGUUUAGGUUGCCUGAACCUUUCUUCAAGCCCAUCCUUAGUUGCGAGCCAUCGAUAUCAACACAUAAACUCCAUCAUGAUGAUCAGUUUCUGAUCGUUGCUUCUGAUGGUCUAUGGGAGCAGCUUAGCAACCAAGAAGCCGUCAACAUUGUCAGCAGCAACCCACGUAAUGGGAUUGCUAGGAAGCUUGUAAAGGCUGCAUUGCGCGAAGCAGCUAAGAAGAGAGAGAUGAGAUUCUCAGACCUACAAAAGAUUGAAAAGGGGGUGAGGAGACACUUCCAUGAUGACAUAUCAGUGAUUGUUGUGUUCCUUAAUCCAAAACUCAUUGACAAUACCUCUCUCUGGGGUUCUCCUCUUUCAAUCAAAGGCGGCGGGCCUGCCAUUUCUUAGAGCCAAGAACUGCCAUUCCAAACUCCAACUCAGAAACACACCCUAAAGCAAGACGGUGGCUGUGGCUAAAGCAUGAAGAUUCUCAUGGAGAUUCUUUCAAACACAUAGGUUGUCCAGACCACCACCAAACACCCAAAAUACAAACAAAAAGGGGAAUGAAAGGAAAAGUAAUUGAUCAUAUGACAUUUGAGCUUUAAUACCUGAAUAUACCGAAAUAGCAAUUUAAAUUGGAGAUUAAAAUGAUGGAAGUAUCAAGCAUGUCCCAGGAGAACAAACAGAUAGUGUAUUUACAUGUAAGCAAUGUUUUUUACUUAUAUUUCCUAGGAAACCGAAUAUACAGCUUGUAAUUUUCUCAAACACAAGGAGUGCGUUAAUAGUUAAGCUGCUUCCAGUUUGUAUACUCAUCUGUCCAUGCCGG